GGCGCGUUCGGGCGGAUGACGAGGUGCGUGCCGUGGCGCCCCGCCCACUCGGACUCCCAUCAUGCCCCGCGCCGGAGUUUAAGUGACCACGAGUGGAAGGCGCGGGCUGCUGCUGGCGGGCCUGUCGUCAUGGCUUCUGCGGAGAUUGCCCUCUUCAGCGUGUCCGAUAAGCGCGGCCUCGCGGAGUUCGCAGGGCGCCUCGCCGCCGUCGGCCUGUCGCUGGUGGCCUCGGGGGGCACCGCGCAGACCUUGCGGGAUGCUGGCCUGGCAGUCCGGGACGUGUCGGAGUUGAGCGGCUUCCCCGAGAUGCUGAGUGGUCGAGUGAAGACCCUCCAUCCCGCCGUGCACGCAGGAAUCCUGGCGAGGAAGACCCCGGCGGACGACAGCGACAUGGAGAAGAUGGGACUGAGUCACGUGAGGGUGGUCGUCUGUAACUUGUACCCAUUUGUGAAGACCGUGGCGUCGCCAGCGGUGACCGUGGAGGAGGCGGUGGAGCAGAUCGAUAUCGGUGGGGUGACCCUUCUGCGAGCUGCAGCUAAGAAUCAUGCCCGUGUGGCUGUCAUCUGUGACCCAGAGGACUAUGCCACUGUUGCCAAGGAGAUGGAGACCUCGGAGAACAAAGACUCGACACUGGAGACCCGCAGGACGCUGGCUUUGAAGGCCUUCACGCACACCGCACAGUAUGACGCUGCCAUCUCAGACUUCUUCCGGAAGCAGUACAGCCAGGGGGUGUCCCAGCUGCCCCUCCGCUAUGGCAUGAACCCGCACCAGGCGCCCGCGCAGCUCUAUACCCUUGGCCCGAGGCUGCCAAUCACUGUUCUCAACGGAUCUCCUGGGUUUGUCAACCUGUGUGACGCGCUAAAUGGCUGGCAGCUGGUGUCGGAGCUCAAGAGUGCCACAGGGUUGCCCGCUGCCACAUCCUUCAAGCAUGUGAGCCCUGCUGGUGCUGCCAUAGCGGUGCCACUGAGUGAGCAGGAGGCCAGGGUGUGCAUGGUGUUUGACUUAUUUGAAGAUCUCACUCCCCUGGCAAUGGCGUACGCGAGGGCCAGAGGUGCCGACAGGAUGUCCUCGUUUGGGGACUUCAUUGCUCUCUCAGACGUGUGCGAUGUGCCCACGGCCAGGAUCAUCUCCCGGGAGGUGUCUGAUGGGAUAAUCGCCCCUGGCUUUGAAGAGGAGGCUCUGAAGAUCCUGGCCAAGAAGAAGAGCGGUGCCUACUGCGUCCUGCAGAUGGACCCGGGCUAUGUGCCCGCCGAGACCGAAGUGAGGGUCCUCUUUGGAUUGCACCUGACGCAGAAGCGGAACGACGCUGUGAUUGACCGCUCGAUGUUCGGCAAUGUCGUCACCCAGGGGACGCUGCCCGAGGAGGCCGUGCGAGAUCUGAUUGUUGCCACCGUUGCUGUCAAGUACACGCAGUCCAACUCGGUGUGCUAUGCCAAGGAUGGGCAGGUGAUUGGCAUCGGCGCAGGGCAGCAGUCGCGCAUUCACUGCACACGGCUAGCGGGUGACAAGGCUGACAGCUGGUGGCUGAGGCACCACCCCCGGGUGCUGUCCAUGAAGUUCAAGCCAGGAGUGAAGCGGGCAGAAAUGGCCAAUGCCAUUGAGCAGUAUGUGGGUGGCACUGUGGGGCAGGGUGCCGAUCUGCAGGCCUGGCAGGCUCUGUUUGAAGAGCCCCCCGUUCCAUUGACCACCGACGAGCGGCGUGAUUGGCUGGGCACGCUGAAGGGGGUGGCCCUGAGCUCGGACGCCUUCUUUCCAUUCCGGGAUAACAUUGAGCGCGCCCGCCAGAGCGGAGUGGACUUCAUCGCUGCCCCCUCGGGAUCGGCGGCCGAUCAGGUGGUGAUCGAGGCCUGCGAGGAGCUGGGGGUCCGGCUGGCACACACCAAAGUCCGCCUCUUCCAUCACUGAAACAUUCCACUUCAAUAAACGCACUUCAUGGCC